UGGCAGCCAUGCAACGCGCUCAUGUAUUCUUUCCACAGGCAGACAUCCAAUACACGCCUCCCCCCGUGUGGAGAGUAAGGUCACAAUGCGGCUCAUGUCUCCCUUUGUCUGUGUGAAUGGCACAUCCGUACUACGUGUGACGGCAGGAAGCCACUGCAGAGCCCACUCCUCCAUUCACUCACGGCUCGUCCUCUCCCCCGCUCUUAUGAAUGAGAGCCGCUUGUCUAGUGACGUCACGCCUCAUUAACCGCCGCCUCCUCUGCGCCUUCAUUCAGUAAAACGAGGGAAGAUGGGCGCGUCCACGUUGUAGUGAGAGGAGGGGCGACCAGCACAACAGCUACCUAAUGAAACAGGGCUAGGGACAAAGAGGCGGCCUUGGAGACAAAGGAUAAGCUCUUUCUGUUGUUUAUCCACAAUGACCACACAGAGCAGCCAUAGAGCCGUCACAACUGCGGGGCGGGGAGAAGGACAACGUGCAGCCGAGCCGUCUCAUUCGUCCGCGGUGCAGACAGCACGUCAGGGAUAUUGCUCCGUACCCCGGCGCAGGCUUGUGCGGCUGACUGAGGGCUCCAGUAUUAUGCUGAUCAUGGAGGAGCUGAGGGAGAUGGACUGCAGCGUACUAAAGAGGCUGCUGAAGAGGGAAGCCGUGCAUCACCGGACCGCCAAGCUCCAUGCCAGUAGUGGCUCUGCCGCCGCUGUGGCGGGCACCUGCCUGCUCCUGGACUGCAGACCCUUCCUGGCACACAGCGCAGGCUUCAUCCAGGGCUCGGUGAACGUGCGCUGUAAUACCAUUGUGCGGCGCAGAGCUAAGGGCUCGGUGAGCCUCGAACAGAUGCUCCCAGCGGGCAGUAAGGACGAGGAAGAGGUGCUGAGUAGGCUGCGGUCGGGGCUCUACUCUGCGAUCAUCGUGUACGACGAGCGGAGCCCCCGAGCCGAGUCCCUGCGGGAGGACAGCACUGUGUCCCUGGUGGUGCAGGCUCUGCGCAAGGACAAUGACAGUGCUGACAUCUGCCUGCUGAAAGGAGGCUAUGAGAGAUUUUAUUCAGAGUACCCAGAAUUCUGUGCAAAAUCAAAAUCUGUAAAUGGUAUUACGCUACCUGCCACUACUAGCAUUGAGUCUGCUGAAACGAGCUUCAGUUCAUGUACAACGCCACUGCAUGAUCAGGGUGGUCCAGUGGAGAUCUUGCCCUUCCUUUACCUUGGCAGUGCCUAUCAUGCUGCUCGAAGGGACAUGUUGGAUGCCUUAGGUAUCACAGCCUUAUUGAACGUAUCUUCGGAUUGCCCAAACCAUUUUGAAGGCCACUUUCAGUAUAAAUGUAUACCGGUAGAAGAUAACCAUAAGGCAGAUAUUAGCUCUUGGUUCAUGGAAGCAAUAGAGUAUAUUGAUUCAGUCAAGGAAAACCAUGGACGAGUGCUUGUACAUUGCCAUGCUGGCAUCUCUCGCUCUGCUACCAUUUGCUUGGCCUACUUAAUGAUGAAAAAAAGGGUAAAAUUAGAAGAAGCCUUUGAGUUUGUGAAGCAGCGCAGGAGCAUAAUCUCUCCUAACUUUAGCUUCAUGGGACAGCUGUUGCAAUUUGAAUCUCAGGUCUUGACCACUACUUGCGCUACAGAGGCUGCUAGCCCUUCAGCUACUCUUUUAGAACGAAGUAAAAAUUCCUCUUCACCUACAUCUCCUUUUGUCUUCAGCUUUCCAGUAUCAGUAGCAGCUACCAGCAGCCUUCCUUAUCUUCAUAGUCCCAUCACAACAUCACCCAGUUGCUAAGUGUGGAAAUGAAGCAAGUGACUUUACUCAAUUUUGGCUAUUUUAUGCCAAAAGAUCUUUUAUAUAGAAAAGUGGAAAGUGGACUUUCCAUAAAGGAAGUUGUAAAUUCUGAAAUAAUCAAAAGGGUAAAACCCAAGAAGCAAUAAUAAUUUAACAGUUUUCCAUCUCCAAAGCCAUUUGAGCUGUAGUGUUUUGCUUUUAUUUGAAGAUUUUACUUGGUUUUCCUUCUCUUUUUUUUGCUUUUAUAAAUAUUUAUAUAAAUAUAUAUUAACAUUGAUAUUUCAUGUUCAACUUUGUAUUUAUUAAUUUUUUAUUACAAAGUGGCUUCAGGGCAGCUUUUCGUUUUAAACAAAACAAAGUUUGGGAAAUGUAUAAUUUCCCAAAGUGCCUAUUUUUUAUUUACAUUUUUGUUUCCCUCCAACGUCAAUCUGCAAUUUUAUUCUUUUUGUAUUUAAACCCUCUGUCCUCCAAGGUAUCAAAAUGCAAUAAGAGAAAGAGCAACAUUUCCUGAACAAUAUUUCUAUGUAAUCUAAUAAAGAGCACAAGAAAAGGUUACAUUGAACUUUUGGCAUUAACCUUUGUAGCUGGACACAAGAUGGCAGCAAUUCAAUGUUGUGUAGAAUGGCGUUAUUUGGGCACCAUUAUAAUAUUUGUUACCUAUGAAGAUAAAUGGAUUUUUGAUGUUCCCAGUAUGGGAACCCAGAUCUAACCCAGAUACCCAGGGUUUGUGUUGGGCUUGAAAUAUGGCACUGGAUUUUAUUAUUCUAAAGAAAUAAGCUUGCAGUAUACUGGUUUAAAAAAAUGUAUUUCAACUUUUAUCCAGCUGUAAAACAUUGAGUGUUAGAUAUGAGGACUCCUACUAUACAAAGUUAUGUAUGUGUCACAGUGCAUUUGUUUUCUGUUUUAAACAUUCUUAGUUACGGUAAGGUAGGAGAGCUCUCAGUAUUCAGAGGGUCCUAAUGAUACAUUUUCUAAGGGCAAGCAAAGUGAUCCUGUACAAUAAUGUGCAAAUAGGGUCUGUCAGAUACAGUAUUCCCAUGUGUCAGAUUUUGCUAUCUGACCUGUAACUCUUCGCCUCAUGUAUUAAGUGUCACACUUAAACCCAUUUCAUUCAUUAAAAGCAUUGACAAAUAGGCAUAAUAAGUUGCAUUUAAAUGCUUUAAUAUAAUCCAUAACUAUUUAAAUUUAUACCCACCCCAAACCUGCAGUACCCACUCACCUCUCUUUUUUUUUUUUUUUUUUUUUUUAUAUACCUUUUUAUUUGGGUGUACCCCAAAGCUUGAGCCCCCCCGUGUCAGUCCUGUCAUACAGAACUCUCAGUACUCAGUGUUACAGUACAAUUCUAGAUUUUAUAUUAUCUAGACUGCACAUCACUACCACUAUAGCCAUUGACUGAUGUUUAAUGGAAGUAUAUUUGUCAGAGUGUUAAUGUUUGAAUUAUUCUCUCCCACAAAAUUUUUUAAAAAUAAAAACAGAAAAGCCACUAAGUUUAAAAACUUUAAUGGGCACUGUCAUUUGCAAACACUUUUUAUAUAAUAUAGAUAAUAACAUGUAUAUUUGUCAUAUACAUUGGUUAAAAAAAUGUGUAUAAUUUUUUUGGGUAAAAAGAUAAAGUACAGGAAAUGUGGGCAGGAGAAGCAGGGCUCUGUUCACUGAGGCACUGUGACACCCCCUGUCUCACACAGCAAGAUGAUUAUGACAGGCCAGGAGCCUGCACCCUCUGCUUGUCCUGCCCACACUUCCCGUAUUUUGUCCCACCCAAGAAACAAAGGCAAUAGCUGCAGUGAUAAGACAGCAUUUUUUUUAACACAACUAUACACAUUUUUUAACAAAUGAAUAUUAAAAUAUACAUUUUUUGUCAUAAGUAUUUAAAAAGUUUGUAUAUGUUUCCUGUAACAGUUUAUUUCUUGGUUCUUCACAACAUCAUGCUCACACCUGACUUAGGUUACUUUGUCCUGUUACAUUUGAUGGCACUUUUUAAAAAUGUUAGACUUUUAUUUUAAAUGUUUGUUUGUAGAAGGUUGAAUAAAAAUGAACAGGGCACUUACCAACUGUUGUAAGCAUUAUCCUUAAAGGGGUACUCCGGUGCUUACUCAUGCACGCGGCACCCCGUUUGUAAUCAG